AUAUGUUGUCAUGGGAUGAUUAUAUUUCCGUGUGUUGAUAUAUUCAGUUUAUAAUUGUUUUUUUUUGUUGAUAUUUUGAAUACCAUUGUAAGUACGCUUAUUUAAUUAAAAUUUGCUUUUUAUUUGCAAGUAACAGGACACAAAGAGGCAAAUAAAAUCAUGAAUAAUAGAAAUAUCGGAUAAGGAAAAGAAAGACAACACUGUGAACAAAAGAAAACAAAAGACAAACAGAAGGCUACAAAACAUUACAAAACAAAAUAAACACGGAUUGAGCAACACGAAAAAAACAUCGGUGAAAGCAUACACUUUAACAUGUUUAAUAAGGUUCUGUUCUAGAGUUUAAAUAAGCACAAAUUUAAAAAUAGAUUGAUUAUACAUUACCAAAUAGAAAUCGAAAGUAGAAGGUGUAUAAAUUAAAAAGAAUGGGAACUUAAAUCAUUAUAUCAGAAAUUGCACUAUAUUCAUUGCAUGUAAAUUAACUUCCAUGGUUAUAGGUAUGUAGUGAUAACAGUAACAUUUCUAUUAGGGCUAUCUUUAUUCUACAUAUAUAAACAUUUGAGCAUACAAAUCAGAAGACAAUUCAUCGAACAAUCGACACGUUUUAAGGUAGAAUUCAUCUGAUUAUGUUGACUUUUCGUCUCACCUUGACGAAGGAAUUGGACGGAAACUCUCGGUUUAUUUGGUAAUACUUCUUUCACUAGAUUAUAUAACUGCAUUUAUUUCAUAUAUGAAGUUGGGAGUAGAAAAAAAAUCAGUUUUAUACUUUGUUCAUUUCAAAUUAUCGUAUCAACUCACCCAUCCGAAACCACAUGGGCCUUUGUUUUCACUUGGUAUCCAUCGAUGGUGUUCCACAUCUGUCGGCAGUGCGAUACCUUUCCACAUUAAGAUCAUCUAGAAGAGCACUAGACAGAAUGAAACCAACCUUGGCAAAGAUGUUCCUAACAAGUUGUUUAGCAAAGAUCUUCGGCAAAAUCACUGACGUUAUUGAUACCAAACUUGCCAAAGACGUCCCUGUAAAGAACGCAAACAAAUGUAGUCAAUACAGUCCCGAUCGGCAAUUUCAAAUUGCCUACAUCGAAGUCUGGAAAUGGUAUACAUGUAUCUAGAUCUGGCUAAUAACAGCAACAAUACUGCAAUUGACAGCUCUUGUUGUAAUGGAUUCAAAUCACCAGUUCUGUAGCAUUUGUAGCAAAGGUCACAUUUCAAAACCGAGUAUAGAAUGGUGUUGUGAAUGUAAUCAAGCCUUCUGUACAGAAUGCAAGAAAUGUCAUAGCCUAAUGACUACAACUGAGAAUCAUAUGACCAUACCUAUUGCUUGCUUCGAUGAACUCAGGACAUCGAUUUUAUCUAUUAGUAACAUAUGUGAGGACCAUAGAGAGACGUACCACCUUUAUUGUAAAACUCAUGACAAACUUCUUUGUCUCACUUGCAUUGAAAAUCAUUCCGAAUGUAAAGAUAUCAAAUCAAUAAAUAAGAUCGCGAAAAACAUAAAGACUUCCGAAUCUUUCAAUGAAGUACGCGUGUCUUUAGAAGAUACGGACACAAACAUUGAUAAAAUGAUAUUCGAAAUUCAAUCAAAUCAGAACAGCGCAAAAGACUGCCAUGGUAUUAUUAUACAACGAAUUUGCGAGAUUCGAGAAAGGUCAACAAGCACCUGGAUACUCUUGAGACACGACUAAAAAAGGAACUUUCUAAACUUGAAAAUAAAGCUGAAAAUGAUAUGCAGCUGACAAUUAAAAAUCUAGAAGAGAAGAAGUUACAGAAUGCCAGAAAACAGAAACAGAUGGAAGACAUUAAAAAGUACGCAUCUGAUCUACAAACGUUUCUAGGAUUGAGACAUUUAUCCUCUGAAGUACUCGAAGAUGUAGCUUCUCUUCAGUUGUUACUAGAAAAUGAAAGUUUGGAUAAAGUUGAAAUUGCAUUUGAGCUGGAUAAGAAUAUUACUAGUAUUUGUAAUAGUAUCAACACAUUUGGAUCGGUUCAACUGCGGAAAAUUCCGUGUAGUAUCCGUCUUGAAAAUCAAAAAGGUAAACAGGCUCAAACCAUAGAAAAAAGAAGUUCUAUUGAAAACAUUGUUGUCAAAUUCAUUGAUACUUUACAAGUCAAUACAAGAGGAGACACAAUCUCUGGAUGCGAUUUCUUACCAGACGGAAAAAUGGUUUUUAGUAUAUACUCACUCAACAUUAGGGAUAAGGAUAUUAUAGUGGUAUUUACUCCAAAUGGCACACAUUUGGACAACGUAUCACUGGAUCAGAAUUAUGCGUUUGAUGUAGUAAGUUUGGAUGAUAAAACUGUUGCCGUUACAUCUCCAACACCGGGUGGAUUGUGUUUUAUGUCUGUAGAUAUAUAUAGAAAGAGGCUGACAAAAACUAAAACGAAUUUUUCAUGUUAUAGUAUUACAUUUAGUGAUGGAAAACUUCUAACUAAUGCUUGUGGCAGGGGCAUAAUAUCAAUCGAUGCUACAAAUGGAAAUAUUUUGUCCACAAUCAAACGAGAUUUACCUACUGCAGCAUCACUUGCAUUAUUUAAAUCAAAACUUUAUUUCUGUGACCCAGAAAAAAAUACUAUAUCCUGCUCUGAUAUGGAAGGUAAUUCAAUCUGGACUUUUAAAGAUGAUAGAGUCAUAAAAAAUCCAAGUGGCAUAGCAGUCGAUGGCAUGGGAAAUGUGUAUGUUACAAACCAAGACCUCAAUAAUGUCAUAAUUGUGUCGUCAGAUGGAUUUCAAAGCAAACAACUCCUAUCUCAAUCAGACGGGCUGAAAAAUCCAAAGGCAAUACAAUACGACAGAAAGCGAAAUCUUCUUCUGGUGGCAAACAAAAAAAAGGAAGCUUUCUUAUUUGACAUUUCACACUAAAAGAUGGCCAGCUUGGUAUUGAAAUACAUAUUACGAUUCAAACAUCUUACAAUAAAAAAAACAUUAUUCUGAACGAA